AUGAUGCCUGAGUACAUUCGUCUCGCCAUGCGCGACUGUAUCAAACGUAAAGAUACAACCGCCAUUCCCCACCAUUUGCUUCUUCCCGGUGGCGCCGUGGCUGAUAUGGCUCCUCACGCGCCGAUGGUUGUGUUUAUAAACCCCAAGAGUGGUGGUCGUCAUGGUCCUGUGCUUAAAGAGAGGCUUCAACAGUUGAUGAGUGAAGAACAGGUGUUUGAUCUGACGGAAGUGAAUCCUAAUGAGUUUGUUCGAUAUGGCUUGGCGUGUUUGGAGAAAGUUGCAGCGGAAGGAGAUGAAUGUGCAAAAGAAUGCAGAGCAAGGUUGAGGAUUAUGGUUGCGGGAGGUGAUGGUAUUGUUGGUUGGGUUCUUGGAUGUCUUGGAGAGCUUAACAAAGAAGGGAAGUUACCAAUCCCUCCUGUUGGCGUCAUCCCUCUUGGUACAGGCAAUGAUCUCUCAAGGAGUUUUGGUUGGGGUAGUUCGUUCCCUUUUGCGUGGAGAAUUGCAGUUAAAAGAACGCUCCAUCGCGCAAGUAUGGGUCCAGUUGCUCGACUUGAUAGCUGGAAGAUUCUAGUGUCAAUGCCAUCUGGAGAAGUGGUGAAUUCUCCUUAUUCUUUAAAACCAGCUGACGAAAACGAACUUGACGAGGGCUUGGUAGACGUGCCUCUAGUGGCAAAGUCCUAUGAAGGAGUGUUCUACAAUUACUUAAGCAUAGGUAUGGAUGCUCAAGUUGCAUACGGCUUCCAUAAUCUUCGCAACACUAAACCAUAUCUUGCUCAAGGCCCUAUCUCAAACAAGCUUAUUUAUUCUGGCUUUAGUUGCACUCAGGGUUGGUUUUGCACCCACUGUGUCAGUGAUCCUGGCUUAAGGGGACUUAGGAACAUACUGAAGAUCCACAUCAAGAAGAUUAAUUUCUCUGAGUGGGAAGAGAUAGCAGUCCCAAAAAAUGUGAGAUCAGUUGUGGCAUUGAAUCUUGAAAGCUAUGGAAGUGGAAGUCAUCCCUGGGGUAAUCUAAGACCGGACUAUCUAGAGAAGAGAGGAUUUGUGGAGGCUCAUUGUGAUGAUGGUUUGAUAGAAAUCUUUGCUUUCAAGCACGGGUAG